AAUUAAUAUUUUAACUAAUAACUUUUUUUUUUUCAAUAAUUUAAUAGCAGCAUGGAUUGUAGAGCACUAUUUUUAAGCUAGUUGGAUGAUUAUUUCUUAUAAAGAUUGAACAGUAAGAUCAAGCAUGUAGUGUUGCUUAGCUUAGAGCAUAAAGACAGAUUUCUGCUUUAGUGAUAAGCAUAAAAAUAUUCUGUUGCAAUCAAAAUACUUAGAAUAAAAUGAUAAGAAAUUAUCCAACUACAGAUGAAAUAUACAGCAGAUGUGGGACUUACUGCUCUUCAUUGCACUAAGCCAUCUCGCUCUUCUCCUGUGCAUCCACAAGAGAACAAUUUAUAGCUAACAUAAAUAAUAUUCUAGAAAACAGAUAUAAACAAAGUCUGCUUCAAAGCAGUAACAUUACUUGGUUUGUAUUGAUUCGGAGGGUAAUUACGGUAAAUGCUGUAAAAGUCCUUGCUGAAGCAGUGACCUGAAUUUUCCUCAUUCCUCUUUUGUAGUAUAGCUAGAUUAAGAAUGAUUGGUUUGCUGUGUUCUGUCAUCUGAUUAUAACUUCCUUACUAAUAAAGCUACACCUACACUUACAGUAAGUUAUAGAUUUUUAUGAUGAGGAUAUUCCUGCUAAUGAAGCUUUCAUGGGUAAGAAUAUCCUUAAUCUGUCAUCCCCCAAUCUGUGCUAACAUACAGACUUGGGUGAAUCCCAGCUAGAGCCAGAUGAACUCAGAUCUGAGCUACAAAGAGGAAACCAUUCAUGCAUCCCUCUGUGCUGCAAAAAACCUAGUGAAGCUAAUACUGUAAAACCUUGCUGUUCCAUUUCCUAGGUCAGCAUGCCUUCGCUGCUAGCUCCUGCUAUCGGUAAACACAAUUAACAUUUAACUAGUCCAUAGGAAGUAGAAAAUCCUCACUCAGUAGGAGAAAUUUAGAACAAACAGAGCAGAGAUGACACAGGGUCUGGACCAGCUAAGACACGCUCCCUCAAAUAGUGUUAAUUACAGGUUCUUAUGUUAUCUUUUGGCUUCUAGAAGUUGUCUGAAACAGUGCUAGAGCUGCAGGCAAUUCCUUCAGGAAACUUGUGGAGGACAGGAAUUUUCUUCAGAAGACUGGAAAAGGGCAAACAUGGUGCCUGCCCCUUAAGAAAGUGGAAAAGGAGGAGUUGGGAAAUGGUAGAUAACUAAGCCUGGGUUCAGUAUUUGGAAAAAUAUUGGAAUCAUCCACGGAAGAAUCUGUUUGCAAGCACCCAGAAGACAACACAACCGGGAGAAAUGACCAACAGCAGCAGGGAAUGCAAUUUUACAGACAUCGACAGAAUAGCAAAGACCCUGCGGUUGGGGAUCUCCAUUCCCACCUUCAUUCUUGGGCUGGUUCUCAAUACCCUGGCCCUCGCCGUGUUCUGCUGCUUUUGGAAGAAACAAACCAAAACCUCCGUUUACAUGAUCAAUCUUGCGCUUGCAGAUGUCUUGCUGCUUCUCUCACUCCCACUCAAGCUGUACUACUCUAUCACAGCAGCGCCCGGACUCCUGUGCUCAUUCAUAGAGUCUCUCUAUUUCGUCAACACGUACGGCAGUAUCUUCAUCAUUGUCUGCAUUACUGUAGACAGAUAUAUCUGCAUAAGGCACCCAUUUGAAGGUCGAGCUAACCAAUCCCCCAAAUGGGCUAUCUUGAUUUGCUGUUUCAUCUGGGCAGUAGCUUGGCUUUGCAGCAGCCCAAUGUAUGUAUUUCACAAGAAAGAUUGUUUUAAAUGCUUUUACAACAUGUCAGAACAGGCGUGGAGCAUCCCCCUCAUUGUUUCUGUGGAAACCUUUGGAUUUCUGAUCCCACUCACAGUAAUGGUUUUCUGCUCUGCCCAAAACAUAUGGAUACUUCUGAAUCACAAAAGUCAAGCUAAAAAGCAGGUAGAAGGCAGUGGCUCCUUACGAGUCAUUAUCAUCAACCUCGUGGUGUUUUUGGUGUGCUUCACACCUGUCCACCUUGCGAUUUGCCUACAGUGCCUGGUAAGACAGCAUGUGAUAGUGGACUGCAGUCUGAAACAAACCAUCAGUCUCUUCAUUCAGGUGUCAAUGAUAUUAGCCAACCUGAACUGCUGCCUGGAUGCCAUCUUUUAUUACUUUGCUGCAAAAGAAUUUCGUGAGAAAACGCACCUCAAAAAGGUUAUUGAACUAUGUCCUGUCUUUAAGCCUUGUGCAGCAUGAUGGCACUGCCUGCAGUGGAAGAACACCUCUUCCUUGGCUCCCACUUGCCUCACAGGACACCAACAGCAUUAUCCCUGACAUAGCAGUAGGGUCACCUUGGCCAUGGCAGGGAGGGUGCAGGAGGGAGAAGGACAAAGUUUUUCUGGUGAAUGUGAACCUGUUCUGUAUUUUUCUUCCCUUUAAAGAUGAAAGGAGAAAAAUGUUGGAAAAAGGAACCAGCAUUAGCAAAAUGACAGACUGACCAAAAGAAGCAUUAGCCUUGACGGUAUCUAGUAAAUGUGAAAGGCUUGCCAGAGGAAAACUACCCAGACCACUGGAAUGCCACUUAAAAUCAGCCUUUGUCAUUGCUGCACCAGUUUCCCUUUUGCCAACAUGAUCAGAAAGUUGCUGCUAAGGGCCAAACAUAGAAAUAACUAUUCAAAACCAUCUUUCUAACUUAGAAGGUAUCUGAGAGUUAAAAGGCAGUAUCCAGCCAAAUGUCUGACUCUGCUCUUUCCUUCUGCAAGAUUUACAGAAGGUCACUGCCGGAGGUCAUUUGCUUUGAGCAGCUUGGUCAGCCUGAAAUAAUUAAUAAUGAAUCCUCCCUCCUGUAAGCAUUAUACACUGGUCAGGGCUGCUACAUAGGACAGCAGCCCCUACUCUUCCAUGGAGGAUGGGCUGCCCAGUACACAACCCCAGCGGAGUAUCUUGGGUACCAGCAAUUCCUUGAGCAACAAACAUUUCUGAUUAUCUUCCCUGAGGAAUCAGCAUGGUUUUCUCCUGCGAUUUUAAAACUGUUUUUGUACAUGAAAACCAAAAAGAACCCCUUCAAAUAUGGCAUUUAGUGAAAGACUGUACGUGAUUAACUGUAUGUGAUUAACUGUAUUUCUACAUCACUGUAUUUCUGUCAAAGAUAUAACAUGAUAAAUGUAUGUAAUUCUU